AUCAACAAAAUUUAUGUCAAAUGCUAAACCCUGAUUUUAGAUUUUGCUGGCAGGAAGAACAGGUUACAGUGACAAUCAGACAACAAUGGCUAAAUCAUUAUCUAUCUCCACCAUUUUGCUUCUCUUUCAAUGUCCGAAAGUCAUGGCUUCUUCAGGAGCAAUGCGCUCGUUGUUACGAGUAAGCGUCACACCCAGAAACCUCAAGAGACCCAGCUUCUCGAUUUCAUCCUGUUCCCUGUUUUUCUCCACCACAUCCACCCCAUAUCCUCUCCAAUACGACAUGAUAAUCAACCGCCCAACUCAAUCCCAGUCCUCCCGGACUCGCCGACGGCUCAGCAGGCUGGAUUCCGAGAACUCACCCGAGCAAGAAUCACCAGAGGCUCUGUACCAUGAACCGGAAAUGGAUUUUGAUUCUUGGGUGGACAAAAAGCUGUCUUUGGAUGAAGGAACGAAUUUGCCAAGUGGGUUGGAGAUGGAUAAGUCUAAGAGGAAGUAUUAUAGGAAGAGAAGGAAGAGAAUGUAUGGGUCGGAUUCUGAUGAGGAUGGUCGAAAGAAUGAAGAUGGGUUUGUGGAACUGAAGCCGGAAGUGGUGGAGUUUGACAGGCUGCAUCAGAGAGAGGAGGAGCUUUAUUUUUAUGAUACAUUUGCGUAUCCGUGGGAGAAAGACAAGCACUAUAAGAUGGUGUAUCAAUUGGAGAAGAAGUAUUUUCCUGAUCAGUGUUUGGAUAAGGCUUUUCUUGAACCUGGAGAAUCAAAUGUGAAGAGCAAAGUGAAAGGAAGAAGCAAGAAAAUGGGUAGUGGCAGAAAGGGGGAGAAAAAAGAUGGAGUUAGCGAUGACGAGGAGGAGAGUAAAGGAUUGACUUUCUUUGAAGAGGAGAAGAAGGAGAGAGGAGUGAACCCUGGGAAAGAUGUGAACGGUGCUGUUACAGAGAAGAAGGUGGAGGAUUUCUUCAAGUGCUUGAAGAAAGUUCACAAUACGGAUGCUGAGGUUGGUGCUGUGGAGCCUUACCUCGUGGCUAGGAGUACUGCACUUCCCCCAACAUGGGAUGGUCCAAAUGGGACUGUUGUUUUGGUGAACAAGCCCAAAGGCAGUAUUUUGGAAUAUUUUAGAUCUGUAGCAGUAGCAGACUAACAGUUAUUCAGGGGAAUGAAAUAAGAUGUCAGUUAAUAAAAUUGUGUUUCUUGCUAAGAAAUUUAUUUGGGGAAUGUAGUGAGGCUGCGCAAUUGAUACCUAGCAACUGAUGAGUGGACAUAACAUUGUAGCACGUAUGAUUCUUUUUAUAAUGGUAAUGCAUUCUUUAGAAAACGCUUCACUUGUUCAAAAGGGAGUAAAGAUUUACACAGUAGUUAUUAUUGUAUGUUUUAGUAAAAGCAGAUUCUAUGUCUCAUGUUGUGUGAGUUACACAGGGUUUCUAUGUGUAUCCUUAGUGUUGCUGCCUCUGUUGAAUAUUUUCAGGAAUUGAGGACUUUUUAUAUUAUUAUAGGAUUUAAUGUUCAUGAUUCUAGUAGGCUGAAAGUAAAAUAUGACAUUCUGA